UUUCUGAAGACCGAGGAGUCCAAUAUCGCAGGUGUUUUGAGGGGCGGGAUUUAGGCGGGUGGAGCCUGAGCUGAGUAGCAGAGAUACAGAAGUGUUGGAACCGAGAGGUGGCCCAGGUUCCGUUUGUCUGCUGGAUUCCAGAUGAAUUGUUCUGGGGAAGAGAGCAGGUCAAGGGAGGAGGAAGUAGUUUGAUGAAGAUCAAACCGCGAAUAGAUACGUAGGGACCGGGUCCCAACAGUUGGAGAUCCCUGAGGCAAUGGAUGCACCUCAAAUGGUUAUUGCUGUUUUCCCUUUUGUUCGCUGGUGGCCUUCUCUUCAAAAUUGUCAGAAAUGUCAAGGGAGUCCAGGAAAACCUACCUUCGUCAGACAUUUCAGCUCCCUUUGUCUUGAAAUUAUUUCCCCAGAAGAAACUCAGGAAACUCUUUAACUAUGAUGGACUCUGGUUGUUCCCCCAAAGGCAGUGUGAAUGUGAAAAGCAACCAGGGAACUACAUUUUUCAAGAUUUCUAUAACAAGAGUGAGCUUGAGGCAGUGAAAGAAAGGAGAAAGGCAGAAUUUAAACACUUCCAAAGGAGAGAAGGGCUGCCCCAGCCUCCACCUGUGCUGGCCCAGCCCAACAUUCCUUUUGGGUACCCUGUCCAUGGGGUGGAGGUGAUGCCCCUUCACACAAUAGUGAUCCCAGGUCUUCAGUUUAAUGGAACAAAAGUACCAUCAUACAAGGUCACUCUGAAAGCCUUAUUAGGGACCCUGAACACUCUUGCUGACACCCCAGAUUAUGAGGUGAUGGGUAGAGGACACAAGAAGCUGGUCAUUUUGACCCUUUCUCAAAAUCGCCUGAAUUUCAUCCUGCAGCAUGUGACAUACACCAGCACUAUCUACCACCCAGGAGUUGUGGACAUUGUGAGUAUUGAGUUUGGAAGUGCAGUAGCUAAGUUUCCUGUGAAUGUCAAUCAGCCCUCCAUCCCCAAGUUGUAUGACCCUGGGCCAGAAAAGAAGCUCAAGAACCUGGUGACCAUUGCUACUAAGACUUUCCUCCGUCCCCACAAGCUCCAGAUUUUACUUAUGAGUAUCCGGCAAUAUUACCCAGAUGUGACCGUGAUUGUGGCUGAUGAUAGCGAGAAGCCACAGAAGAUCAAUGACACCUAUGUGGAGCAUUACAUCAUGCCCUUUGGAAAGGGCUGGUUUGCUGGCAGGAAUUUAGCUGUGUCUCAGGUCACCACAAAGUAUGUGUUAUGGGUGGAUGAUGACUUUCUUUUCACAAAAGAUACCAAGAUUGAGGAGCUGGUAGAUGUUUUAGAGAAAACAGAGCUGGAUGUGGUUGGUGGCAGUGUGUCUGGGAAUUUGUUCCAGUUUAAACUACUGAUGGAACAAGGAGAGGAUGGUGACUGCAUACACAAGAGGUCAGGCUAUUUCGAGGUCCUGAAUGGCUUCCCCAACUGUGUGGUGACCAGUGGUAUUGCCAAUUUCUUCCUAGCUCACACAGAGAGCCUCCAAAGGGUUGGAUUUGAUCCCCAACUAAAGAGAGUGGCACACACAGAGUUUUUCAUUGAUGGGCUAGGGAAUCUUCGUGUGGGAUCAUGCUCAAAUGUGGUUGUGAAUCACCAGUCCCACGCCAAAGCUUCUGACCCAGAUCAAGCUUCCCUGGAAAAAAUGUAUAGUCGGUUCCGAUAUAACUCUCAGGAUCAGAUCAAGUUCAAGUUGACUCUCCACUACUUCAAGAAUCAUCUCCAGUGUUAUACUCAGAAAUGAGGUGGGUGGGUAAUGUGGAAUGUGCCAGUGAGACUUUUCCAUGUAUCUCCCCCAGUCAAUAGGAAAGAGAGUGAAGGAAUGGACCAACCAUCAGUGAAGUAACACCAAAUGGCCCAAGGUGACAACUAGAACCAUGGUGUAAUUGAUAAAAAGGAAUGGAAUGGGUGAUAUGGUAAGGCGGGCAACUAAGUUAAGAUCAGUCAUUUUAUGACUUUGAUCCUACCAGUGAUCAAGAUAACAUAUAAUACAACAAUAAUAUUGACACCUAAAUGGAGCUUUAAUAUUUGUGUGAAAAAUGUUUUGUAAUUGUGUUCAUAUCAUUGGCUGGGUUUGUUUUGGUGAGUAAACUCCCAGGUAUUUUAUUUUGUCUACAUUAAUUUUAAGUGGAACUUCCUUUUCUAUUUCUUGUUGUUGAACUUUGUUGGUGGAAAAUAGAAAUGCUGAUGAUUUAUGUGAGUUUAUUUUGUAUCCUGCAACUUUGCUAACGUUGUUGAUUGUUUCUUUUGUUUUGGGGUUGAUUCUCUGGUGUUCUCUAUGUAAACCAUGAUAUCACCUGCAGAGAAAGUUUUGUUUCCUUGUUACCUGUUCUAAUUCCUUCACUUUUUUGUCCUGCUCAUUACUAUAGCCAGUGUUCCUAGUAUAAUAUUAAGUAGUGGUGGUGAUAAUAGGCAUCCUUGCUUACCCCUGAUCUUAUUGGGGAAGAUUCUGGCUUAUCCCCAUUACAGAUAAUGCUUGCUAAUGACUUUUAAUAGAUGCCCUUUAUCACUGGCAUGUUAAUAUUUAUGAAAUAUUUUACCCACAGUAAUCCUUCGAGGUAUUAAGUAAAAGUAUUAUCACCCCUAUUUUAUACAUGGGAAACCUGAGGGUCAGGCUUACCCAAAGACACAAAGUUACCUUUUCUUUGAUUUAAAUAGCAUCAGCUCUGCUGAUAGAAUUAUUGACAAAUACUAAUGCUGGUAGUUCAUAGCAUACAAGUUCUAAGAAGCCAUUUCUAGAAAAUAUGGGAUAACUGCAACAGAAUAUUAGUGGCUGUCUAUGACAUGGCCCAUGUUUUCCUGUUAUCAAUAAUCCAAAAAUGUUGGUAUGGAGGUCAAUUUAUUUAUUGACCACAACUUGAAACACCGCAAUAAUUUCAUGUAGUAAAGACAAUUUUUAUCAUAUAUGAAUAAUUUAUUAAUCAAUGACUUCUUGAAAGAAUCGUAUAUGUAUGUAUACUUCUUUUAAUCAGAUGAAAAUAUCCCUUUUAUUUUUGUGAAAAUUUUCAGUGAUCACAAGAUCCCAGAUCCAGAUUUUUAUAGAAAAUUACUUUGAUUUUUCAUGACACUGUUCCCAAACUUAAAUGGCAUGAUGCUCUUAGCACAAGAAGUCAUUUGUGAAUCUUUGCUCUUGUAUCCACACCUAGGAGAAAGAAAUAACUCUAUGUUAUUGCUAUUCUAAGAGAACUGAGGAAGGAACUUGCUAACAGUGAGGGAUAAUCAUUGAUUGUAAUUUGGACCUAGGGUAGUGGUAGUAGGAGAAGUCCCCAAUUAUCAUUUGGAUUGUCUAGAUCAGAGGUUUUAACCUUUUCCAUGUUUCAUGGAUCUCUCUGGUUGUCUGAUGAAGUUUUAUAGUUUAGGGUAAUUUUUAAAUUUUUAAAAAAUUAUUAAAAUUGUUAAUUAAAUUUUUAAAUUUUUAAUUUUUUUACUUACAAAGAGAACCAAUAAUACUGAAAUCAAGUUAUUAAUUUUUUGGAAUGCAUGCCCCCCCCCAGGUUAAGAAUUCCUCUUCUAAACCUUUCAAAACCAACACUCAAAAGUUUUACUCAGUUAUUCUAGAUUCAUGGGGGGAGAGAGGAUUUUUUUUUUAUUUUAAAUAACCCUUACCUUCUGUCUUGGAGUCAAUACUGUGUAUUGGCUCCAACGCAGAAGAGUGGUAAGGGCUAGGCAAUGGGGGUCAAGUGACUUGCCCAGGGUCACACAGCUGGGAAGUGGCUGAGGCCAGAUUUUAACCUAGGACUUCCCAUCUCUAGGCCUGGCUCUCAAUCCACUGAGCCAACCAGCUGCCUUGAGAGGAUUUCUUAAUCCAGAAAAAUGGAAUCUUUUAAAAAAUUGUUUUUCCUACAUAUAAUUGAUCACAUGGUUCGAUGGGAUCAGGGAUUUUGACUUUAAAUGAUCAAUCUAUUAAAAAUAUUAAUAUGGAAAUAGGUUUUCAACAAUGUUACAUGUAUAACCUAGUGGAAUUGCUCAUCAGUUCUGGGAGCAGGGAGGGAAGGGGACAGGGAAAAUCAUGAAUCAUGGAAUCAUGGAAAACUAUUCUUUAUUAAUUAAUUUAUUAAUUAAUUUAAAAGUGUUUUUUCUACUUUGUGCUACAACGAUCUUCUUAAUGAGUUUUUUGUUCUUAAAUUGUAACUUUAGUUUUAAAAAAUCUUGGGCAAAUAAACAGUUGACAUGUUUUUUCAAAUUAA